ACACCCUGAUCAAAAGUUUUCACUCUAUUCAAUAUAGCUGUAUUUAAUAGCAACGGUUACUAGACGAUCAUGUAUAUCAACAGGAUUGCCCUCAGACUUUUUUUUUUUAAAUGGAUCUGAUUUACUACUAGCUUUUCCUCUUUCCUAAUUUUAACUCUGUGGUGGUUGUCAAUGCAACUAAGGCAUUUAGAUGAAAACACCGUACGACAUUCUUAUUGAAGCUCAGAUUUAGGCAACCAUUUCCUAUUGUGUGUGAGAAAUAGCCCUUCUUUUCCCUCAUUAUUGACAUGACCAGAUCACUCCAGUUAGCAUUACUUGUAUGCGACACUCCAAUGCCGGAAGUAAAAGAAAUAUAUGGAGAUUACCCAGUCAUGUUUUCUACUGUGUUUGGAUUAGCAGCCACGAAUCUUGGACUGACUCUCAGCUGGGACUUUUUCGAUGUUGUUGAUGCUCAAGAAUACCCUUCCGUUGAGGACAUCAAGAACAGAAAAUACGAUGCCAUUAUUAUCACUGGGUCCAAAUACAAUGCACAUGAUGAUGUGCCUUGGAUACUGAAGCUAGUCGAGUUUGUAAAGACAGCACGAGGAUUGACAGGAUAUGUUAAAUUGAUAGGUAUAUGCUUUGGACACCAAAUCAUUGCUCGUGCCUCAGGUGGUAUCACAGGAAGAAAUCCCAAUGGCUGGGAGGUUGGAUAUGUCGAAGUACAGUUAACUCCUCUUGGCAAAGAAAUUUUUGACACUGAUAAACCAUUUUUGAGAGUGAAUCAAUUUCAUCAAGAUCAUGUUAUAAAGUUACCUCCAGGAUUUCGGUGUUUAGCAUUUACGGAACACAAUACACCUCAUCACUCCAUGAUCUCGAAUGAUAGGCAAUGUAUCACAGUACAAGGACACCCUGAGUUCAAUAAAGAUACCGUAAAGAUCAUGAUUGAAAAAAGAAAAGAGCUGGGCAUUGUUCCACUUGAAGUGGCUGAUAAGGCAUUAGAAACUCUAAAAACGCAUGGACUAAAUAUGGAAGAUAUUUGGUUGUGUGAAGAGUUCUUACAGUUUGUUGUUAGUAACCAAUAAAAAAAAAGGGUAUUUAA